AUGGACCGCAGACGAAAGCGCGAACUACGUGAUCUCAAUGCGCGCGCAUGGGCAGGCGAAAGAGACAUUCUCAAUGUCGGAAACUCCCUCGAUUCAUCCCUUAAGAAAAACACUGCUUUCAUCAAGCGCUUGCGUACCGGCAUAACCGCGACUGCCCUGACUGGCUUUCUGACCGAAGUUCGAACAUUAUCCCUGCAAAAAUACAUAUCUGAGAUUAUCUCUGCCACUGCCGAAGGUAUUGCGAAACUGAAGACCCCUGGUGAGAUAUCCGCAGGGGUAGAGAUCGUCAGCGCUCUACAUCAGCGCUUUGGUCCGGCCGAAUUUACGAAACAGCUUGGGUGGUUGCUUGGCCGAGGAUUAAGUGCGCCCGAUAAGGCACAGGUCAAAACGUGGAGUCAGGAUGUGCGGGAGCGAGAGGAAAAGGAGCGCCUACUUCGACACCGCACACUGUUGAAGGUGGUCACAGAACUUUGGCUGGUGGGUGUACUCAGAAGUCUGGAGGACGUGGAGCGGCCUGAGGAUGCCUCUGGGAAGGGGAAGGAAAGUCAAUCACCAAUUGCAAACAAAGGUGACAACAAUUCUCGAACGAAGACCCAGGUCUCUGGAAAUCGCACGGAACAGGAGCAGGACACGGAUCCAUUUCCUCUAGAGGUUCUCAAAGAGCUUCUCGGGCAUGAUCGCGAUCAUACAAACCUAUCGCUUGCGGUCCUCUUUGUCAAAAGCUUCAGCUGGGAUGUGCUGGGGCUCAGCGCAGGAAGAAACAAGAAGAGGACGACUCUGGAAGCUGAUGGUGCCACGUCAAGCCCCAUCAAAGAAUCGUUCGAUGUGGCUUCUAGUGACGAGAAUGAGUCGGAUGAGUUUGCUGAUGAUGAGUCACCUUUGGUGUCUGAAAAGCUACAAACUCGAUUUACGAAUAUCCUAGUCAAAUAUCUGGAAGACGUCAAGUCUCAUCUUAUCCGGGACCAAAAGGCUCUCAACAUUCAGAGUCGUCGAAAUGCCGAGGCCUACGUCAAGAGCGGAGAAGUCUUCGAAGACCGACAGGCCAAUUUCGAAAAGCAGACCAAGACACUUGAGAAGCUCAUUGCAAGCGCCCAGACGCUUUGCGAUAUCCUUGGUGAGGAGAUGCCAGAUCUCACUGAGAAAGAGCCAGCUGACGUUACGGCUGCUACUGGAAUUGGACUUGUGAGGACAGGGGACUACCUCAAAGGCCAGAGUGAUGGCUCAGGUAUAUGGGAGGACGAGGAUGAGCGCCGCUUCUAUGAGAAUCUGGUAGAUCUCAAAGGCCGAGUGCCAGCUGUCUUGCUGGAGGAUGGCACUAAGAAGAAGAAAGCCAACGCAAAUGACCCCGUACCAAAACGACCAGCCAGCGCAGGUGAAGAUGGUGCUAAUGCUGGAAUGGGGGACAGUGCGGCCGACUCAGAGACCAAAGCAACUGAUGGUGAAGACCAGUCUACGGAAGCAGUAAGCAAAACGGUUGGUACACAAGUCGACGCUUUACUUGCUCGACUUCCUGAGCUGCAGACCAAAGAUAUGGUGGACCAAUUCGCUCUGGAAUUCUGCUUUCUCAAUUCAAAAGCGUCCCGGAAUCGACUUAUCAAGACUGUUUCUGAGGUACCCAAAGGCCGGUCAGACCUCUUACCUCUAUAUGCUAGACUGGUAGCCACUCUGGGUCAGUAUCUGCCAGAUAUCACGCAAGGCCUUAUUUCCUACCUGGAUGAUGAGUUUCGCAGCCUUCAGCGCCGCAAGUCAAAAGAUUUUUUGGGACAAAUUCGAAUGCUCAACAUUCGUUAUCUGGCAGAGCUUACAAAGUUCGGAGUCGUGCCGGAUCACGUCAUCUUUCACUGUUUCAAAGUCUGUCUCGAUGAGCUUACGCGAAUGAAUAUCGAAAUCAUCGGCAAUCUGCUGGAGAAUUGUGGGCGCUACUUGCUUCGUAAUCCCAGUACUUCCCCUCGCAUGAUCUCUUUCUUAGAAACCUUGAAUCGCAAGAAAUCAGCACAGCAUCUAGGCCAGCAAGAGCGGAUGCUAAUCGAGAAUGCUAUGUACUACGUUGAUCCACCUCAGCGAUCGGCAAUACAGCAGAAGGAGCGUACUCCGAUGGAUCUCUUCAUUCGCCAGCUGAUCUACCUUGACAUGAACAAGAGGAACUACACCAAGAUCCUCAAGUCGAUCCGCAAACUCCAUUGGGAGGAGUCCGAGGUUGUUGCAAUACUGGAGAAGAUAUUCAGCAAGCCAGGAAAAGUCAAAUUCAGCAACAUACAUCUGCUAGCCAUCUUGGCUAGUGCUCUGUAUCGCUACCAUCAAGACUUCGUCAUUGGAAUUAUCGAUAACGUCCUUGAACAGAUUACUCUGGGCUUGGAGCAGAAUGAUUUCAAGUUCAGCCAGCGAAGAAUAGCAGAUGUCAAAUACCUUGGUGAACUUUAUAACUACAAACUAGUUGACUCCACCGUCAUUUUCGACAUGCUCUAUCGCAUUGUCACGUUUGGUCACGAAGGAGGCACACCGGCCCCUGGUAAGGUCAAUCCGCUCGAUCAGCCAGACGACUUCUUCCGAAUUCGCCUAGUAUGCACCAUUCUGGAUACCUGUGGUGUCUGCUUUGACCGUGGAAAUUCUCGCAAGAAGCUGGAUUUCUUCCUCACUUUCUUCCAAUACUAUAUCAGAACCAAGGACGUGCUACCAAUGGACAUCGAUUUCAUCGUACAAGACACUUUCGCGCUGGUGAGACCACAGUGGAGGCUUAUUACUGAUCUGCAAGAGGCGACGCGUGCAUUCUCGGAAGCAAUCACGGCCAACUACACCCAGCAAAACCAAGAAAAGGUGACGGAGCAUGAAGACGACCUCGAAGAUUCUCCUUCUGAUGAGGAUGUCGAAAGAGAGCUACUGGCCGAUGUCGAAGAAGAGGGCUCUUCAGCUGAGGAACCUGAAGAGAACGUAGAUGAGCCCCCACAACUAACCACGUCCGAGUCGGAAGAGGAGCAAAUCUAUGUGACACGACGAGAGGAGGAGUUCGAUCCCGAAGCUGAAGCUGACUUUGAUCAAGAAUUCGAGAAAAUGAUGGCUGAAAGUCUGGAUUCGCGAAAGUUCGAGCGCAAACCCCUAUUCGACGUGCCACUGCCUAUGCGGCGUGGGCAGCGCGAGACGAAUAGCUUCGUUGAAGAAAUUGCAGAAUCUGGCGCGCAGACGCCUCCAAGCACAAUGUCGUUUGCUCUGAUGACAAAGAAAGGCAACCGUCAACAGACCCGCACGAUUGACCUGCCUUCGAAUUCCCAUUUUGCAGUCGCCAUGAAAUCCCAGCAACAGGCUGAGCGCGAAGAGCAACAACGGAUCAAGAAUUUGGUGCUGAAUUACGACCUUAGUAAUGACGGCGACCAACAUGAUGGUGAAGCGCAAGAUUUUCUUACACCCAUUUCCGAGCUUGAAACGAAUCCCAACCAUACUUACAGACGUCGUCUAGGCUCUGAGAGGUACAGUGCUUCUCAUUCUAGAUCUGAGCGAUCUGGAUCCCACCGAAACGCACCCCGUGCAAGGAAAUUGCAGCUCAGCGAUGUUGAUUGGUACGCUCAACGUUCAAGCCGUGGCGGUGGUCGUGGCCGCGGACGUCCCAAGCCUAAUAUUGUCGAGAGAAAGUAA